AUGUGUGUUCAAAGGUAGUGGCGGACGAAUUGAGCUUCUAGCUUGUUGUGCUUCAAGAGUAAACGUUUUGUUUAGAAGAACGUAACUUUUGAGUUUUCCGUAUUUUAAAAUUAAACUUGUAUGUGCAAAUAAUUAUUUAUGAACGUUUUAAUUUGUGUGAUUGGGAAUAACUAACAUUGCCAAGUUUUUAGAGCACUGAUUUUCUAAGCGUUGUAAAUUUGAUGUCGAAUCGGUGUUUCCUGUUUCCUUAAAUUCUUUGGUGAAGGACUUCAAGCCACGAUGGCCAAUACAACCCAAACAUGCCCCCAGUCUCUGGGUGACACAAAAAGUGGCAUCGCCACCAACGGACAUACACCAGCAUCUAAUGGACCGGUUUGCAUUUCAAAAAGAAAGACGAGUUCGGUCGUAGACAUCUCCACAUCGUCCAGCUCGGACAACUCGGUAAAAAAUGAUGAAGUGAGAGGUCAGUGGAGCGGCAAGCUGGAUUUCCUUAUCAGUGUCAUCAACUAUGCCGUCGGUCUUGGAAACGUAUGGAGGUUUCCUUAUCUCUGCUAUGAGAAUGGUGGAGGAGCUUUUCUCCUUCCGUACUUGAUAUGUCUGGUAUUGCUAGCUGGUCCCUCUUUUGUCAUGGAAGUAUCUCUGGGACAAUAUCUCAGUUUAGGAGGCAUAGGUAUUUGGAAAUUGGUACCAAUUUUCAAAGGUAUUGGAUAUGCGUCGAUGACUAUUGUAGCCUUGUACAACAUCUAUUUUAUCGUGAUUGUCACCUGGGUCUGCUUUUAUUUCGUUGCGUCCUUCACGGCGCUUCUGCCUUGGCAGCAUUGCAAUAGUUAUUGGAACACCGAAGGCUGCCAGGACAUUCGUCUCAUCGGGAGCAAUGCCACCUUGGUCGUCAAAAAUGUGACUGGACUUAACAGGGACACAUCUGCAGUCGUUGAAUUUUGGGAACGACGCGUACUUGGAAUAACUAGUGGAAUUGAAACACUUGGAAUAAUUCGUUGGGAGCUUGCCCUUUAUCUUAUUGUAGCCUGGAUUUUUGUUUAUUUCAUCAUAUGGAAGGGACUUCAUCAGAGUGGAAAGAUUAUAUACGUGACAGCUCUCUUUCCAUACGUAAUUCUGACAGUGCUAUUAAUUAGAGGGCUGACUUUGGAUGGAGCCUUGGAUGGAUUACUUUUCUUCAUCACUCCAGAUUUUACUAAAUUAUGUGAGCCUAAGGUAUGGGUUGCUGCUGGAACUCAAGUAUUCUUUACAUUUGGAAUUGGCUUUGGAUCAGUGAUUAAUCUGGGUAGCUACAACAAGUUCCAUCACAAUUUUUACAGAGAUUCUAUCAUACUUUGCAUUGUGAACCCUUUGACCAGUAUUCUGGCAGGACUGGUUAUAUUUUCAGUGCUCGGCUACAUGGCCAAGGUGCAAAGUAUCGAAGUGGCGGAUGUUGUCAAGUCAGGUCCUGGAUUGGCUUUUCUGACGUAUCCUGAAGUCGUUGUUCAUCUGCCAUUAUCGCCAGUUUGGGCUAUAUUGUUUUUCCUGAUGCUAGGAGUGCUGGGAAUAAACAGUCAGUUUUGUACUGUCGAAGCCUUAGUGUCCAGUAUUGUAGACGAAUGGCCCAAAUUUCUCAUGGCAAGAAGGAAGCUGUUCUCUCUCUUCGUAUGCAUUAUUCUGUGCCUUUUAGGCUUACCGAUGGUAACAGAGGGUGGAAUGUACAUAUUCCAGUUAAUGGACUUUUAUGCUGCUAGUGGUAUACCCCUUUUGUUUACAGUGUUCUUUCAAGUUAUUGCAAUUGCCUGGGUAUAUGGUGUUGGACGACUGUCAAAGAAUAUUCAGGCAAUGCUUGGAUUCCAACCAGGCUGGUAUUUAAAGAUUGGAUGGACUGUGCUUAUUCCUUUUGUAACCAUGGGAAUAUUCCUUUUCUCAAUAAUUGAUUACAAACCAUUAGUGUAUGCAAAAGUCUACACUUAUCCUUUGUGGGGACAAAUGAUGGGCUGGGGCAUAGCUUUAUGUUCGAUGGUAUGGAUUCCUUGCUAUGCAGUUUACUACUUGAUUACCACUGAAGGCACAUUCAAACAGAGACUUAGAGUUGGUGUGACACCAGUUCUGGACAAAGAAAAUGCAGUUGACAGAACAGAAAAUUUACAAAUGAAUGAAAAAGAAAGUGUAUAAUAAAAACUUCCAAGAAAUUAUUUACUUAAAGCCAAAGAUUACUUUUUGCAAGAAUGUACCUUACUUUAAGUGCGAAACUGUGAUGAAAAAUAAGCAUUCAAGUUUUUACAUUUGUAAAUAGUGCUAAUCACAAGAUGGUGUAUGCAGUGUAGCUAACAUUCCUGUACGUCAUGCACUUCAACUUGGUUUUUUAUAAACUGUUUUGACAAUGAAGUUAAAAAAUCAGAAAACAAUGAACAAUAAAUUCAUUAUCAUCAGUCAUUAUAUGGAUAAUAAUGAUUUUAAAGCCACUUUUAAAAGCAGUUAUCUGUUUUCAAGAAUUGUAUAUAUAAUGUUAUCCUUCCUUCAGUGAAAAAAUAUUGUAAUGCUCUAUACGAAAUUCACUAAGCUUGAUUCAGAAACUUGAGAAUUUUUAAAAAAUGAGAAAGAAAUUUAUAUUUAUGAAGAAGGGAUAACUAAUGCUAUUCAGAUAUUUCAAGAAUUCUGAAAAUUUCCUUCCAGAUACCAAAUGCAAACAUGCUACAGAUGUCGACGAGUUAAUUUAAAUAUUUAAAGCAUUUUAGCAUUAUCAUCAAGUUUUUUAUAAUGCAUGUAUCAAAAAUUCAGUAAACUGUACUAUUGUAUAUAUUGUUUAAAAUUAAUAAAGCUGAUUUGUAUUUGA